CAAGGGACCCUGCUGCAGCCCCCCUCAGUCCUGAGAGAGGGAAGUGAAGCAUCCAGGAGGAGCAGAGAGACUACAUAUGAUGGAUUGCGAUCUUUCAGCUCAGCAGGACACAGGGACCAUGCAAGCUGUAAUUGGUCAGGAUCCAAUGAUAGCUGGACAAGUCAGUAAGCCCUUGCUGUCACUGCGGAGUGAAAUGAAUGCAGAGUUGAGAGGUGAGGACAAGGCAGCUACUUCAGACAACGAGCUGAAUGAGCCCUUACUUGCGCCUGUGGAAUCAAAUGACAGCGAGGACACUCCCAGCAAGCUCUUCGGGGCCAGAGGAAACCCAGUGCUGUCUGAUACAAGCACAGCUGAUCAGCAUCAGCCCAGUCAGUCCCACCCAGCAUUCCCUGUUGGGCCCCAGCCAUUACUGACAGCUCAACAGUUAGCCUCAGCGGUAGCGGGGGUGAUGCCAGGAGGCACUCCAGCCCUAAAUCAACCUAUCCUUAUUCCCUUCAACAUGGCUGGACAACUGGGUGGUCAACAAGGACUGGUCCUAACUCUGCCUACAGCUAAUCUCACCAACAUCCAAGGGCUGGUAGCAGCAGCUGCAGCAGGAGGCAUUAUGACUUUGCCAUUGCAAAAUCUACAAGCUACCUCAUCCCUGAAUUCCCAGCUUCAGCAACUUCAGCAUCUUCAACAGCUCCAGCAGCAGCAACAGCAGCAGCAGCAACAAGGGCAACAACAGCAACAAGCUCAGCAGACACAACAAGCUCAACAACCGCAGACGCCACAACAGCAGCAGCAGCCGCCACAACAGCAGAACCAAACGCAGCCCCAGAGCCAGACCCAACAACCGCCAGCCCAGCAGGCCUCAAACUCCCCUCAGAAACCCAACCAGUCACCAGGACAUGGUCUUCCAUCUCCACUCACUUCUCCAAAUCCUCUGCAGCUGGUUAAUAAUCCACUGGCAAGUCAAGCAGCAGCGGCUGCAGCAGCAGCAGCCAUGGGCUCAAUAGCAAGCUCACAGGCCUUUGGCAAUGCACUCUCCAGUCUUCAGGGGGUCACAGGUCAACUAGUCACUAAUGCACAAGGACAGAUUAUUGGAACAAUUCCACUGAUGCCUAAUCCAGUCCCAUCAAAUCAGGCAGCAGGAGGAGCUCAGGGCCUUCAAGUGCAGCCAAUUACCCCACAGUUAUUGACCAAUGCCCAGGGUCAGAUCAUUGCUACAGUCAUUGGAAACCAGAUACUACCAGUGAUCAACACCCAGGGAAUAACACUAUCACCACUCAAACCAGGCCAACAGCUCCAUCAGCCCUCCCAGACGCAAGUGGGACAAGCAGCCUCACAAUCCAACCUUCUGCAUUUGGCUCACAGUCAAGCAUCUAUGUCUCAAAGCCCAGUGCGUCAGGCUUCCUCUUCUUCCUCCUCAUCCUCCUCCUCUUCAGCUUUGAGUGUUGGCCAGUUAGUCAGCAAUCCUCAAACAGCCACUGGUGAGGUGGAUGGGGUGAAUUUGGAGGAAAUCCGAGAAUUUGCCAAAGCUUUUAAAAUCCGGCGCCUGUCUCUUGGUCUGACACAGACUCAAGUUGGCCAAGCUCUAAGUGCCACAGAAGGCCCAGCCUAUAGCCAGUCUGCCAUCUGCAGACACACCAUCCUGAGAAGCCACUUUUUCCUACCACAGGAAGCCCAAGAGAACACUAUAGCUAGCAGUCUGACAGCCAAACUGAACCCUGGCCUUUUGUAUCCUGCCAGGUUUGAAAAGCUGGACAUCACCCCUAAAAGUGCCCAGAAGAUAAAGCCGGUGCUUGAGCGGUGGAUGGCUGAGGCUGAGGCCCGCCAUCGAGCAGGUAUGCAGAACCUGACUGAGUUUAUCGGAAGUGAACCAUCCAAAAAGCGCAAGAGGCGUACCUCAUUCCCACCACAAGCUCUUGAGAUCUUGAAUGCCCACUUUGAGAAGAACACUCAUCCCUCUGGGCAGGAAAUGACAGAGAUUGCAGAGAAACUGAACUAUGACCGGGAAGUAGUUAGAGUUUGGUUCUGCAAUAAGAGGCAAGCACUGAAGAACACAAUUAAACGUUUAAAACAGCAUGAGCCGGCGACAGCAGUCCCUAUGGAGCCCUUAACAGACUCUCUGGAAGAAAACUCCUAAAAAGAAGAAAAUAAA